CCGAGGCAGCGCCCGCCUGGGCUCCGCUGGCGCAGGUAGGGGCAGCAGGACAGGUGCCGGCUCCGCUCCUCAGCACGGCUCGGAGGAGGCGAGUGGGGGAGGGAGGACUGCGGCUGUGCCGAGAGGGCUUUGAAAUUAGUGACUGUUGUUUGGAGUAAUUACUGGCACGAAAGGAGCUGACGUGUUCGUUCCCGAGGACAGAUUGCUAGCAGAUUUAUAAGCGGCCGGGCAGCCCUGGGGGAUCGGCGGCCAAACGCUCGGUUCCUACUUUUUCUCGGUCGCUACGUUACGACGUUACCUGUAAGCAACGGCGCGGGUUGCGCAUCUCUCCCAGACAAAGGGCGUGCGGCCGCUUCUUCAGAACGACGCGCUUUAUUUCGGCCAUCCGAAACCCGAGAGCAGAACCGAGAGCUUCGACUGAGCCCGGCGGGCCGGUUAUUGUCUGAAACUGCGAAGCUUCGUCAACAGAAGCGGCCCGGCACCGCUCCGAACGCCGCCGUUCCGUCCCGUGCAGGAACCCGUCCGCUCCCCGCGCCGUGACGGCCGCCCCGCAGCGGGUCCCGCACGAUGGGCGCCCCGCGCCGCUGUUGGCUGCGGCCGCUGCUCGCCGCCUGCCUGGCCGCCCGCCUGGCCGCCCUGCCCGCCGCCUGCCCCCGUCUCUGCGCCUGCUACGGCCCCGCCGAGGUGCACUGCACCUUCCGCUACUUCACCGCCGUCCCGCCGCACAUCGCUCCGGACGUGGAGCGCAUCAACCUGGGGUACAACAGCUUGCUCACACUGUCUGACACGGACUUCGCUGGCCUGGAGAAACUGGAGUUACUGAUGCUGCACAGCAAUGAGAUAAAUGCAAUCCCUGAUAAGGUGUUCAGGGAUUUACACUCACUACAGGUUUUAAAAAUGAGUUACAACAAGGUCAGUGUACUUCAGCAAGAUGCUUUCUAUGGUCUGAAGAGCUUGGUCCGGUUGCACAUGGACCACAAUGUAAUUGAAUUUGUAAAUCCCAACGUUUUCUAUGGCCUCACAUCACUGAGGCUGGUCCACUUGGAAGGAAAUCUACUGAAGCAGCUCCAUCCGGAUACUUUUGUCACCUUGAGCUACCUCCAAAUAUUUAAAGUAUCCUCCAUAAAGCACUUACACCUGUCUGACAACGCACUGACUUUGCUACCACAAGAAAUGUUUUCCUACUUGUCUGAGCUGGAGAGCAUUUACCUUCAUGGAAACCCAUGGUCCUGUGACUGCAAUCUACAGUGGAUUGCAGAAUGGGCCAAACAGAGGCCAGAUGUCAUUAAGUGCAAAAAAGACCGAAGUUCUGGUGCCCAGCAAUGCCCAGUUUGUGCCAGCCCCAGGAACUGCAAAGGGAAGAACGUUGUGGGUAUUCCUCCUGCAGCUCUAACCUGUGCUAAGCCAGUCAUACGUCACACCCUGAAACUCAAAAACCUCACAGAGCCAGAGGAUGGGGAUUCCAGCUCUGUAUCUCCCAAGGACUUCCUAGCUCCCAUAGGGUCCAUGGUUUUGAACAUGACUGACCAAGGAGGAAAUCGAGGUAACUUGUUUUGCAACAUCCAGAAGCCAAAAGAAAUGUCUCCAAUCUCAUUUGACAAAGAGGACAACGUCAUAACACUCAACACAUCAUUCUCAUCAUUUCUCAUGUGCGACAUCACUUAUGGACACAUUCAGCAGCUGUGGAGCAUACUGGCCCUGUACAGUAGUUCUCCCCUCAAACUCAAAAGGAGUGCCCUCAUAACCGAAACAUCUUUCAUCACCUACCAAUAUAAGCAAAUCUACUCUGAAAAAGAUGAACUUUUUACCAAUGUGGAGGCUGAACUCAGAGCUGAGCCAUCGUGGCUAAUGCAAAACAAAGUGGCACUGCAGCUUGACAGGACAGCAACUACACUUAGCACGCUGCACAUCCAGUACUUCACUGAUGCUCAGGUUACUUUGCCUGCUGUUGACCAAAAGAAAGUGGGAAAUAACUGGACAAUGAUCCCCAGGGACAACAAAACACAAACAGAGCACACUGUUCUAGUUGGGGGCACAGUACAACUGGACUGCCAAGCGAUCGGGGAGCCAGCUCCUGCAAUAGAGUGGAUAUUGGCCGACGGAAGCAAAGUCAGAGCCCCUUAUGUCAGUGAGGAUGGCAGAAUUAUAGUAGUAGAGUCUGGGACAUUCACAUUACGAACAGCUGAUACAUUUGACACUGGGCUCUAUCACUGCAUAGGCACAAAUUAUAAUGAUGCAGAUAUCCUCACGUUUAGAAUCACUGUGGUUGAUCCUUACGUGGAACACAGCAGUGUAAAUGGGGCCCAACUUUCCACAACAGUUGGCAGCAUUCUGGACCUUCCCUGUACCUCCACCGCAGUUCCAGAUGCUGCCAUUAGCUGGGUGUUACCUGAGCACAUGGUCCUUCACCAUUCCUUAGGAAACAAACACAUUUUUGACAACGGUACCUUAAGAAUACAGGGGGUAACAGAGCGAGACAGCGGCUACUUCAGAUGUGUUGCAGCCAGCCAGUAUGGUGUUGAUCUUUUGAUUUUCCAAGUGCUGGUCAGAGAGGACAAAAGCACCCCACAGAAGGUGCCUGUAGCUGCAGGAGAGUGGGAAGAGAGUGAUGGUUCUGGUGAUGCACUGCUGCCUCCAGCUAGAGGAAAGCAGAAUUCCUCUGCUGCCCUGCUGACCUGGACGGGUCAGGAGCCCACAGCCCCAGCACGCAGACAGCAGGGCACACACAGCACCCGUACAGGCAGCGGCCGCAGGAGAAUGCCAUCCCAUCUGCACAGGGACAAAGCCAGCAGGAGGCUCAGGGGGCACCGAAGGCACUUUGGCUCUUCAGCCAAGAAAGCCAACCCCCAGCGCUGGGCAGCCUUUCUGGAAAAAGCAAAGAGGAACCCACCUGGGAUAGAAAAACAAGAAGUAGAAACAAACCCGCCUGUUCAGGUCCGUGAGUUCUCAAGGGAGCCUGUGGAUGAGGAGGAAACAUCUGGUGAACCCAUCUCUCCAGAACAAGAGUUCAUGAUAGCAGUAACAGAGAGGACAGUAACAGAGAGGGCCACCGCGUCUCCCCUGGGGAGCACAGAGGGAAGCUCAACCCCUGCAGGGGCUGGGACCCCCCCACCCACUCCCUUCCCACAUCCCAGCCCAUCCGCCAGCCCCACACCAGCAGAUCCAAACCCUAUGGCCACAACCUCAGACUCAUUGGAAAGACCCAGUUUAAGCCAAACACCAGCAAAUGUUGGGAAACAAUCGGCGGCAGCAGAGGGAGCAAGCAGAGCAUCUGCACUCAUCAGGGCUCAGCAAAGAUCAGCAUCUCCUGGAGAACAUAACAGUGGGCAUUUAAAGGCUGUAUCUGUGACAGCCAUGAGGAGUGUUACAGACAGCAGCACACCUGCCACUUCCCAAAAUGCAGUGGGUGAGAUGCGUGGUUUUACAGAGGUCACUGAUAAGAUUUCCACCAAAACAGGUGGUCAGGCACCUGCAGAAACAGUCAGUGAGCCAAACCCUGAGUUCGGUCACAUUUACUUCCACAGUGCUCAGAAACCUGCAACUCCUGCACUAUCACUGGGCCUAAACAUCGUUACUCAUCAGCACACUCAAACCAUUUGGGAUGUGACAACUCACACACCUCGGGCCCAACAGCAACAUGGGAGAAGGAGGAAAAUUUCUGGUAGGAGAAGAAUGGUCAGGCCAGGACGCCUCCUGAGUAUGAGAGGGCACAGGCGCAAUUCAGGGAAACAGGGCUCUGCCAGAGGGAGAACAGCUACUGCUCCAGCUGUCCUGCUGAGUUCAACACACAGCCCCAACUUACCUGCCUUAAGCAACUCACACAGCAGCAUCAACCUGCUCAGCCCAGAAGUACCUCUGCCCUCCCCCUCUACUACAAAUACACCCUCAGAGCACCCAGCAGGCACAGCUCAGAGCACAGCAUUCCUCAUGGAAGAGAACAGUGCACCCACUGCAAGGCAAGGAGCCACUUCCACAGCAGUGCCUGUCAGUACCCAAAGCACUGGAGAUGCUGCCCAGCAGGAAGCAGAGAGCAGAGCUCCACGUCACAGCAGCACUUACAGAGCACAGCCUGAUAGCAGCAGACUGCCAACAACUGCAACCCGCACAGCUCACUCUGCAGAAAUCACACAAAUGAUGAGCACAAGGACUGCUUCUGCCCCACAAUCUUUCUUCUCCAGGUCUUCAUCCAAAGAUACCCUGGGAGGGGCAAUUACAAGAGCAUUUCUCUUUGGAAAUGACCCACAAAAGGAGGCGCUGAGGACAGAUGCAUUUCCACCAACAGAGGUAUCAGCCUUGUUUCCUAAAACUACAGUAGCAGCAUCAAGGCCCCACGUCUCUCCUUUGCCCUUCACACCCAUCUCAUCGGGUGUCAAUCACAGAGCUGGAUUCCCAUCUUUAGGCAAACCCCCUUACAGCAGCAAUACGUCAGAGAAGCCCCCUGCCUGCAGCCCUGCAGUGAGCACAGCUGGAAGAAUGGGCAGAGAGAGUCUGAAGCCAACAACUACAGCUCCUACAGCUCGUCAAACCAACGCCAAAAUGACAAGUAAAUUGUUCAGAACAGGAAGAAGGAGAAGUCAGAGGAGGAGGCGGCCCCCUAAACCAGCUCCUUCACAAAGCCCAGCCAUUGGCACCCACACUACAUCAGACACAGCCUCAGCAACCACAGCUGCUGUCAGCCUGCCAGCUGCACCCACAAGGCACACAUCUGCAGCAGCGGUGUCCGACAGCCCACCUGCAGGCUGGGUCACAGCUCUAUGGGCUCUCGUCCCACCUGGCACAGCACAGCACAGGCACACGGCAGCCCCACAGACAGAAGCAGCACCCAGCAUAGGGGUGAGCACCCCCGUUAUGUCACUGCUGCCCCACAGCACUCCGCCACAAACACCCACUGCAAUGAACCCAACCCUAGCGCCGCCCUCGGAGCCUCUCGGUGCCACACAUGCGCAUCCUGCUGCAGUCAGUGCUGCAGCACACUCAGAACCCACUUGGCAACUCAAAGCCUUCACCCCGGCAGCUGAGCAGCCAAAUCUGGGGACAGAUGAGGAGGCGAUGCAGGGUGGCCCCGUGGCACAGCCCACAGCCCCAGGCAGCACCAAGCCGAGCAGCAGAGCUCUGGGCACUGCAGUGCCCCAAGCCCAGCAUCCCACUCCAGCACUGCCCAUGUGGGGAAUCAGUGCUGGGCUGCCAUCUGCAGAAUGGGGAGGCAAAACCUUAACAGCCAACACACCAACUAUGCCAACACUGCGGCAGGUGGCUGCUCCACAUGCACACCUGUGGGGCAGCUCUGCCUAUGGCUGGUCCGACCAGAAACAGCAUCAUGAAAGCAUCACAAGCAUCCCUCCAUCCUUGUUCUCUUUAAGCAGAAACUAUUUCACAAAGCCCAGAAUAACUGGAGGAAAAUUAGCUGCCUUUACUGUGCUGGCCAACUCAGAUGCUUUCAUUCCGUGUGAAGCUACAGGCAACCCCCAGCCAACAAUAGAGUGGACCAAGAUCUCCCCAGAGACCGAUGCCCCAGCGAGUGGCAGCAGGUGGAUGGUGCUGCCCAACGGCACACUUGCCAUUGCACAGGCAGCCCUGCAGGACGGCGGGCAGUACCGCUGCACUGCCACCAACGCUCUGGGCACAGCACAACUCCUGGCCACACUGGCUGUGGUUGCCUACCCACCCCGCAUCGCAGGCGGCACACGGCUCCUCACUGCCCAUGCCGGGGUGCCCGUAACCAUGAGGUGUCCGGCUGAGGGCAGACCUCCUCCCUCCAUCUCAUGGGUUCUGGCCAAUGAAACGCACAUCUCCAGCUCUUCCCAGGGAAAUCAGAAAGUUCUCGUGUGGCCAGAUGGCACCUUAAUGAUCAAGGAUGUCACGGUUUACGACAGAGGCCUCUACACGUGCACGGCCACAAACCCAGCAGGCACCGACACGCUGACUGUCAAGCUGCAGGUCAUCGCAGCACCUCCCAUCAUCCUGGAGGAAAAGAGACAGCAGAUCACAGCUAUGGCAGGGCAAGACCUGAACCUCCCUUGCACUGCAGAAGGGAACCCUCAGCCCCACGUCCACUGGGUCCUUGCUAAAGGGACGGUGGUGAAGCCCCUGCAGUUUGUGAACACCAGGGUGCUGAUGCUCCCCAAUGGCACCCUGCGGCUCAGCAGCAUCGCGCCCACUGACAGCGGCAACUACGAGUGCAUUGCCACAAGCUCAACAGGCUCGGAACGCCGUGUGGUGAUUCUCACCGUGCCGCACCGGGACACACUGCCAAGGAUAGCUGCUGCCUCCCAGGGCACCACUCAGCUCAGUUUUGGGGAUAAACUGCUGCUGAACUGCACAGCCACGGGAGAGCCCCAGCCCAGGAUAAUCUGGAGGCUGCCAUCCAAAGCGGUCGUAGACCAGUGGCACAGAAUGGGAAGUCGAAUCCAUGUGUACCCCAAUGGAUCCCUGGUGAUUGAGGCAGUUACUGAAAAGGAUGCAGGGGACUAUUUGUGCGUCGCAAGAAACAAACUUGGAGAUGAUCUGAUACUGAUGAAAGUCAGCAUCACAAUGAAACCAGCCAAGAUUGACCACAAACAGUAUUUCAAGAAACUGGUACCCUAUGGAAAAGAUUUCCAGGUGGACUGCAAGGCCUCUGGGUCACCUGCACCAGAAAUAUCCUGGAGUUUGCCAGACGGGACGGUGAUCAACAACGUGAUGCAGGCAGAUGACAGUGGACACAGGUCUCGCAGAUACGUCCUCUUUGACAAUGGAACGCUGUAUCUCAACAGAGCUGGAGCAACAGAGGAGGGAGAUUACACCUGCUACGCUCAGAACACUCUGGGGAGAGAUGAAAUGAAAGUACACAUCACAGUGGUCACAGCAGCCCCUCAGAUAAAGCACAGUUACAAGACGUACAUUAAAGUGAAAGCGGGGGACACAGCGCUGAUGGACUGUGAAGCUGCUGGGGAACCUAAGCCGAAAAUAUUCUGGUUGCUGCCUUCCAGCGACAUGAUCUCCUCUUCCACAGACAGGCACCUCCUGCACGCUAACGGCUCCCUGUCAGUCCACCGAGCCAAACUGCUGGACGCUGGCGAGUAUAUGUGUGUUGCUCGGAAUGCUGGAGGGGAUGAUACAAAGUUGUAUAAACUGCAUGUUGAUGCUAAGCCACCUAUCAUAAAUGGUUUAUACACAAACAGAACAAUCAUUAAAGUGACGGCAGUGAGGCACUCAAAGAAACAAAUUGACUGCAGGGCAGAAGGGACACCUCCCCCCCAGAUCAUGUGGAUCAUGCCUGAUAACAUCUUCCUGACAGCCCCGUACUACGGCAGCAGGAUCAUCAUACACAGAAAUGGAACACUCGAAAUCCGGAACUUGAGGCCUUCCGACACUGCAGAUUUUAUCUGUGUGGCACGGAACGACUGGGGAGAGAGCAUGCUGGUGGUGCAGCUGGAGGUACUGGAAAUGCUAAGGAGACCCAUGUUUAAAAAUCCAUUCAAUGAAAAGAUAAUAGCAAUACCUGGAAAAACAACCACACUGAACUGCUCUGUGGAUGGAAAUCCUCCACCUGAAGUAAGCUGGAUGCUGCCCAAUGGCACAUGGAUCUCCAAGGGGGCCAGGAUGUCCGAGUUCCUCCUGGGAAGCAAUGGAACCCUCACCAUCCUCAAUUCCAGUAGAGACAAAGCAGGGAAGUAUCGCUGUGCAGCCAAGAACCAAGUUGGCUAUAUUGAAAAGCUGAUUGUCCUAGAAGUUGCUCAGAAGCCCACCAUCCUCAUUCACCCCAAGGGGCCAGUGAGGGGCAUCAGCGGGGAAUCGUUAUCACUUCACUGCCUGUCCGAUGGCAACCCCAAGCCCAGCACAGCGUGGACUCUCCCAGGUGGCCAGGUGCUGGACCGACCUCAGAUCAACAGCAGACACAUUCUGCUGGAAAAUGGCACACUGGUUAUACGAGCAGCUACCAUUCAUGACAGAGGGCAUUACGUGUGUAAGGCCCAUAACCCUGCCGGAGAUUUGUCUAUAACCAUUCCUGUCACCAUCAUAGCCUAUCCUCCAAGGAUUACAAACAGACCCCCACAGACCAUACAUACGAUGCCUGGUGCAGCAGUUCAGCUCAGCUGCACAGCGCUUGGAAUACCAAAGCCAGAAAUUACAUGGGAAUUGCCUGACCACUCCACGCUUUCUACAGGUAAACACGGCCGAGCACCUGGCAGUGAAUUGCUGCAUCCCCAGGGGACUCUGCUCAUCCGGAACCCCCAGCCAUCAGACUCUGGAACAUACAAGUGCACAGCAAAGAACCAUCUUGGCAGUGAUUUCACAGUCACAUACAUUCAUGUCAUUUGAAAUAAGAAAUACAGAAUGAAAGAUUGGUAGCAAAGCCUACAGCUGGACUGAAUUUAUUCUUGGAAUAAGUUUAAGCAAAGGCAGCCAAAGGCACAGAAGUGCCUAAAUACAUUUACAGGGUUCAGACUGCAAUGAUCACACAAAAAAGAAAAAGGACUUGGGGAAAAUUAAAUCUAUUAUUACUAUCCAGCAUUGAUUCAGCGAUCAAAGGGACCUACAUAAAACUGAACUUGAGGCACUCUUGCCGUGCCAGCAAACUUGGAAUAUGAAAUGAAAUUACUUUCUAGAAAUAUACCUAGAGAACUUCCAUACAGGAUUGAUGUUUUCUUAUUAGAUUAAUGACGUUCACCUUGCGCGGCUAUCAGAAGCAGGGCUCAGAAGGCAAGAGUGUCCCAGGACCAAAGAGCAGAUUUUGUUGCGAUGCAGAUUAGAUUCUUCACAUCCUAGAUUAUUUGGUGUGUUUUUUAAAUAAACAUUCCCUGUGAAGCCAGCAGGACAGGCCGCCCCGCAGGCUUUUGUGCAGAGCACUGGGAGGAUGCAUUCAGGAGAAUUGGGGCUUUAGUCCCGGUUGGCAUCAUUUUUUCCAGUUGUCACAAAAUUUCUUCUAUAGAUUUCUCGCUUAGAAAACAAUUACGUCAGGCUGCAUGUCAACUGAGAAUUUUGCUUUCUCAGUGCACUGGGUAGGUCUAAGGAGGGACCUUCUGCCUUCAGAACAGAUGGGAAUGGCUACACAUGCAUUCCGCACAACCGAGUGGUGAACUGGACUGGUCAAAUAACUAUCAAUCAGUAAUGACAGCUCCAAGUGUCUCACUCACAUUCUUCCAAAGAGUGUUAACACCAGGACAGAAGGGCCAGGAGAGCCUUUCCCCCUAAACUCACCAAGUGGGGACACACGAGUGCCAUGGAGGGGGACCACACUGCCCUGCGGCAGCUGUAGAGCAGAGCAGGGACUGCUGCUGGUGAGAGCACUCCCUUACCAUUACAGGAAGCCUGACAGACAUGUGGGGAGCCCAGGGUCACCACCCCCAUCUCACCACGUCUAGCUCUUCACAUCUUUUAAAAUAACAACAAAGUUCAAGUAUCUCCUCUGGGAUAAAACAUCCAUCUCUCAUAAGAACACUCUGCAAUGAAACUCCUCAGUGCCAUGCAGCAUCCAAACCUCCUGCGGUAACACCCCUCAGCUGAUUAACACACAAAGUUCUCAUGAGUGAGAAAGUACACAAAUGCCAAGAGCUACAUGCAGAUUCUGUCAUCAUUUAACCACAUAAUGAUUGAGUUGGGGAUUUAUUUCACUUAUUUGUUCACUUAAGACUUUAUACUCAGCUGACGUGACCAUUUCUGAGCAUCAGCUGCACAUGGUUUGCUGUGUGCUUCCUUCAGCAGAUGGAUGGAGUGACCACACAGGUUACACCAGUCUCACCCAUCAGUGUCUGUGACUGCUUUAACUACUAUGAAGAGCGGUACACUCCCACCAGGGGUAAGUAAAUCCCUGUAAAAAAAAAAAAAGAACAAACUGAAAUAACUUUUAUGCAAGUUAGACUUAUCUGAUUAUUUUAAAAGACAACCAGAAUCUAUAGAACUUUAACUGUUUUAUGGGAUUAAAUCUUACAAAUGGGAUAACAUGAGGCAAAUGUAACAGUUUACAGCUCGAACAACUGCUGCUGACAAUAUAGAAGUUAUGAUUAGCACAAAGUUUCUAACUUCCUGGCCAACCCAGAAACAUGAAGGAGAACAUUGUGGUAUUACUUACAGAGCUUCCGUGCAGCUCUCAUUUCCGCAGUUACUCUUCAUUCACACAGAACCAACAUCACACCACUGAAGCUCGGCCAGAAAUGAAGCAUCUAGCCCAGAAUUUUGAACAGCCAACGUACAAAGCCAGUAAAAGACACACAGAUAACAGAGCAGCCCCUGCAGGGCCACUGCAGUGUGUGUGGAUGGCAGUUCCCAGAGUGGCAGAAAGGACUUUUUCAGCCCCUGCUUGUGAAACCCAGCGUGGGAUUUCCUCACUGAGCACCAAGAGCCAAACAGAGCGCCUUCCAGCCGGCUGCACGGUGCAUGCCCAGCCCUCCGAGGAUCACCGGACAUUCAAAAGACCACAUAUGAAGAAACACAGCUACUUUCAGUCGGUUUAUUAACAUUACAUUGUGGCUUUCAAUAUAAACGUUAAGAAGUUCUAAUACAAGCGAUAAACCCACUUCAGCACCUUCUUACCACAAUGAGAGCGAGAGAGUCGGUACUCUAAACGACUUUAUAAAGUGCGUGUGAAAAUUACAGUCAAAUAAACACAAUUCAAAUCAAUGCUCGUUCUACCACCAAACAGAGGUGAGCAUCUUGAUGAACAAAUCAGCUGUUACGCCCAGGCCAGGAGCGCCCCUGGGUUCAGCAGUUUGGUCCAGCGCGGUUCAUUAAAAAAAUAAUAAUAAUAACAAAGGAAUGUUUCCCACGAAUAAACAAACAGACCUGG